ACAAGCCAGGAAAGCUACCGAGAUGCAGCCAAGAAUGACAGAAGAAGCUGAAAAAAUGUUGAGAAAAAUAAGGGAACUACAGAAUCAGAUAGAUGGUUUGAAUUUGGAUAUGAGAAGAAAGGACUCCAAUCUGGACAUGGUUGCAACAGAGAAAGACCGAAUUGAUUCUAGAUUUAGGACACUGGAAGAAACCUAUACGAGAGAGAAGAGAGUACUUGUGGAGGAAAUUGUGAUGUUAAAAAAGCAGCAAGACGCAGCAAGGCGUGACUUGUCGUCUAAAGAACACCAGAUUUUGGCUGCUAGGGAAGAACUUGACAAAGGCAGUAUAUCAUUAUCCAGUGCAGAAAACCAGUUACAGAUAUUACGAACACAGUUGGAACAAAAGAAUGACCAGCUGAGGGCAACCCAGAUGUCACUGGAGGAGAAAAGAACUGAAAUGUUGAAAGUACAAACUCAACUACGAGAGAUGGAAGAUAAAUAUUACAGUAGUACUGCAGUUCUGCAGGACCAAGCCACAAAAGACAUGAGAGAAGAAAUCCGAAUGCUUCGUCAGAAAUUGAAAGACACAGAACUAGCUGCAGAUCAGGAUCGUUAUCUUAGAAACAAGAUGUCUGAUGACUGUGGUGGCUUGGUUAAAGAGAAUGCAUUGCUUGGUGCUCAGGUCUUAGAAUUACAAAAACAACUGGACAGGGAGCGAUCGUUGCGAGAAGACAGAGAUACCAAGAGAGCAGCUGAUAUCAGUGACUUGGUAAAUACUAAGGACAAAGAAAGACAGUUACAGUUUGAGUUAAACCAAGUUCAAGAGCAGUUGAGACAAGAACGGGAGAGAAUAAAGUACUAUAUGGAACAGCUUUCAAAACAAGAGCAAAUAUCUUCAAGUCAGUCGUUAAGCUCUAACACAAUACGUAGUAAACUAUCUGAACUGGAAGGCAUGCACGCAACAACAGAUGCUGAGAAUGCACAACUUAGAAGAGACAAAAUGCUAUUGGUUGAUCACGUUGCUGAGUUACAAAGUCAGUUGCGAGAGAAAGAAGAUGAUAAUAUGAAAUUAAGGGCUCAUUUUGGUGACCUUACUGGCCGUUUAGAUAACAUGGAGAGGAAGUCAGUGUUGGAGACAAGUUUACAAACUCAAAAAUGGGGUGAAUUUGAGAAAAUGGCUGAAAGUAUGAAGAAUUUGUCUCGGAGUAUGACAACAAGGUCUUUUAGUCCAGAUUAUGCAUAA